AUGUCAUCAGUUGUCACUCUCCAACGCGAUACGGCCUUUCAGGUUCGAUCGUUGUUCCGAUCUCUCUUGCGACAAUCGUCUCAGUUCUCGAACUAUAACUUCCGCGAGUAUGCUCGGCGGAGGACGAGGGAUUCCUUUCGGGAAAAUGAGAAGGAGAGCGAGGAUCGCAAAAUACAAGAAUUCAUUCAGGAUGGAUUGAAAAAUCUGAGAAUAAUGAAGGGCAAGCAAACCGGGGAGAAAGGUGAUAUUGUACGCCAAAAAGACGUUGGCUGGGAUUAA